CCAUUAUCUGCUUCGCCAGAUAAAUUUGGGGUUUAGGGUUUCGCCCUUCCAUCCUCUGCCUCGCGUGUAGCUGUUCCAGUUCAAGUUUUUUGGUUCCCCUAAUCGCAUAAAUUUCCUCCGCCGCGCUCUUUCUUCCCGGCAAUCGCAACCAUGGAAGUGGAAGCUCCAGUUCCUGUUGCAGCGCCGACUACUGGUCCGGUGGAAGUCAAAUUGUUCAACCGCUGGACGUUCGAAGAAAUCUCGGUCAAUGACAUUUCCUUGGGGGAUUAUAUUGGUGUCCAAUCGGCCAAGCAUGCAACUUUCAUUCCCCACACAGCAGGGAGGUACUCGGCCAAGCGUUUCAGGAAGGCCCAGUGCCCGAUCAUCGAGAGGCUUACAAACUCUCUUAUGAUGCACGGGAGAAACAAUGGCAAGAAACUGAUGGCUGUCAGGAUUGUGAAGCACGCCAUGGAGAUCAUCCAUCUCCUAACUGAUCAAAACCCAAUCCAAGUCAUUGUUGAUGCUGUCGUCAACAGUGGUCCUCGUGAAGAUGCAACUAGGAUCGGUUCGGCUGGUGUCGUGAGGCGUCAGGCUGUGGAUAUUUCUCCACUCAGGCGUGUCAAUCAGGCCUUGUAUCUCUUGACCACCGGAGCUAGGGAGUCUGCCUUCCGUAACAUCAAGACUAUUGCGGAAUGCUUGGCGGAUGAACUCAUCAAUGCUGCAAAGGGAUCCUCGAACAGCUAUGCUAUCAAGAAGAAGGACGAGAUCGAGAGAGUUGCCAAAGCCAACCGUUGAGAGAUUUUUGUACGUCUGCUGUUAUCUUUAGGGUUAGCCUUAUUUGCUGGAAAAUUCCGUGAGAAUUUUGCUACUGGUAUCUUUAAGUCUGUGUUGUUUUUAUGUCAGUUGGUGAAUACCUGGAGUAUGUUUGGAUGCUGGGUGCUAUAUUUUUGUUAAGUUGAUACUUUGAACAAUUUCAUGCUGAAUCAUUUCAGUUUGUUACUCUGAUGUUAUUAUAUCCUCCUGAUAUGCCUAUAUCUCGUGGUCUUUUGGGUAAAUUAACAUGUUUGCCUUGUUGCUUGCAAAUUAUGCACUACUCUCCACUCUUUCCCUCGCCAUUGUAGUUAUUUGUGUCCCUCUCUUGUAU